AUGCCGAGAUUAUUAAGAGUGCUACUACUUACCCUGUCAUGGCAAUACCUGGUCCAUGCUCAAACGAGCAACAUUCCCUAUUACAGUGGAGAACCCAAUUUUCUGUUUAUUGGGAACAGUUACACGGCACAGAAUUCCCUUCCCAACACAUUCCAGAGUGUCGUACAAGAUGGGAUCCCCGAAUGGACCGACACGAUCCAAGUCACAAGCUACAAUCCGGGUGGUCAAAAACUAUACGGCCAUUUGGACCAAGCCGAAACAGAAGGGUCUCCGCUCCGUGGAUAUCUCAUUACCCGACCACUGGCAUGGAAAUGGGUCACUCUGCAAGAUCAAAGCCAGCUGCCCGGUUUUUUUGAAUGGGACUGGGAAGGCACGGAGUUUUAUCGAUCGUUCACGGCCGCCCAAGCACUGGAUGAUUACGUCGAAGCAACCGGUGCGCAGACCAUGUUCUACAUGACAUGGGGGCGACAUGGGGGAGACAAGAGCAAUCCCGACUAUUAUCCCGAUUUCUUGACCAUGCAAGGAAAAUUAACCGAGGGGUACAUGAGAUAUGUGGCGGCAUCGUCCACACCCGAACGACCCACAUAUGCGGCACCUGUCGGGUUGGUCUUUCAGACCAUUUACAACGAUCAUGUAGCGGAAGGAAUUACUCCCGAGGAACGGAAUCCCGAUACGCUCUUUUCGUCGCUCUAUACAGGAGAUGGAUCACAUCCGUCUCCCAGAGGAACCUAUGUGGCUGCCUUGACAAUCUACUCGAGCAUGACGGGAUUGGAUCCAAACCUCAUUAUGUGGUGGCCCAGUAGUUUGGAUGAGGAAACUGCCAAGACAUUGCAAGAUGCAGUUGGUAGAACCGUGUUGGAAACCUUUGAAUCUGGAUUCAUUACGUUUCCGUGGACCACCUCUUGGACCGGUUCCACGGCAUCGUCACAGCCAGCUCCCACAACACCCAGUCCUACUGGAGCACCAAGCACUACCCCAAGCACCCGUCCGAGUACCAUCCCCAGUGCCAUCCCCAGUGUGGUGCCCAGCACAAGUCCAAGUGUUAUUCCUAGUGCCAUUCCCAGUGUCAUUCCGAGUAUGUCACCAAGCAUUAGCCCCAGUUCCUUUCCCACCGGGAUCGCUCCAUCGACUCCUCGGCCGUCCGUAUCCACGCCAUCACCAACUACGCCUCAGCCGACGCCAUUACCUACUAUGGAUCCAACGGCUGCCGCCACAACACCGGCACCUUCGGCGGGGAUUACGGCAGCGGCAACAACGCCAAAUCCAACAGUGUUGACGACACCCAAUCCAACUGGAGUUUCUUCUCUGACCAGAGGUGCCUUGACCAUUGAAAUUCAAUACGAUCAAUACCCACAAGACAUUGCCUGGACGGUACUCAACCAAGAUACCAAAGUAGCAGAGUACUUUCAACGGUAUGGGGAUGUCACCACACCCUUUUCCAAUCAAUCCAUUACAUUUGAUAAUUUGGAUCCAAAUGUGACGGCAUAUCUAUUCAAGAUCUCCGACCAGGCACGGGAUGGAUUCUGUUGCGUGCAUGGAGAUGGGUACGUGAGAAUCAUUGACAACAAUAGCAUUGGACGAUCUUCAGCAGUGCUCUACAGUCUCGAUAUCUACAUGGGUGCCUAUUAUGAGGUGGACAUUAGCAUUAAUGGCAGCAACUUUGGACAAGCCAAGGUGAUCGGAAAGGCACGCGAUUAUGAGCCAUCGACGUGGCCCGAUUUGGAAAAUGAAAUCUGGGCGCCGGCAGUCGACAAUACAAAUCAAUGGCCGGGAGACUUGCCCAAUACAACUUGGAGUUUGGUGGUCAACAUUGCCUUGAACAGCAGCAACAGUGGUAACAGUCCACAAGAUUGGGGGGCAUGGGAACUCUACAAGAAAAGUCGCAAUGACACAAUUCUUUCCGAUGGCAAUGAUGACAAUGAUUGGGAGCUACUUGGGACAUGGAAUAGUAGUACAGCUGGCAGUUCAGGAACGCUGAACUCGACCGACUUCUCCGGCCUGCAGCGCGGGUUGUAUCGGUUUCGAGUGACGGACGGCAGCAGCAUGGCUUCCAACGUUGGUUGGGUCACGCUGACCGGGCCUAUCGCCAGGACGCAAGACUUCGGGUUGGUAUGGGGAAACAACGGUGAUCUCUAUCAAGGAGAAGGACAAAUUGAAGUCAUGGUCAACUUGGACAAGAACGGCUACUUUGCUCAAGUCCAAUGGGAAAAGAACGAAUGGCAUAGAACAUAUGCACCCUCAAUGGCACCUUCCGCCGCACCCAGUUCCGUCGUUGCCCAAACCGCACGGAUUUCUUCGACGCCAGCCACGCCAAGACCUACCCAUGCCGGUCCCAUCCAGACAGCCGACUACGUCCCAAUUUCUUCAACAGAACCGAGGGAGUUUAUUGGUGGGACACCAAGUCCUACAUCGUCAUCCUCGAGAGCACAAUCCGUGUUUCUUGCACUGCUGGGGUUUGCAAGCGGUUGUCUCGUCUUGGUGUGA